AUGAGCGGCACCCGAGGCCAGAUUGAAAAGGCCAUUGGGCAAAUUCAAUACAAGGGGCCGGUCCCCGAGAUUGACUUCACCCAGCACCAGCUCGACAACGGCUUCAUGAUUAGCACACAAGAGCGGGUAGUGAAAGAGGUACAAGCGCCUGCUAUGUCAAUACCAACGGAUGCGCAAUUCUUCUCCCGUGAAGACCCAACGAAGCCGGACAUCGCGUUUCUGAAGAACCAUUUCUAUCGCGAGGGGCGGGUAUCCGAAGAACAUGCGCUUUAUGUGUUGGAGAAGGGAACGGAGUUGUUGCGGGCCGAACCCAAUCUGCUGUAUGUCGAUGCGCCCGUUACAGUUUGUGGUGAUAUACAUGGUCAAUAUUAUGACUUGAUGAAACUCUUCGAAAUAGGCGGCAGUCCUGCAAAUACGCGAUACCUUUUCUUGGGGGACUAUGUGGACAGAGGUUACUUCAGCAUCGAGUGUGUCUUGUAUCUCUGGUCCCUGAAGAUGUGGUACCCUGAUACCCUUUUCCUCCUCCGCGGCAAUCACGAAUGUCGACAUCUGACAGAUUACUUCACCUUCAAGCUGGAAUGCAAGCGCAAGUACUCGGAUCGCAUCUACGAUGCAACUAUGCAGUCAUUCUGCGCGCUCCCGCUGGCAGCGAUCAUGAACAAGCAAUUCUUCUGCAUUCACGGCGGCCUGUCACCGGAAUUGCAGACCUUGGACGAUAUCCGCAGCAUUGACCGAUUCCGAGAGCCACCGACGCAAGGUCUCAUGUGCGACAUUCUCUGGUCUGAUCCGGUGGAAGACUUUGGCCAGGAGAAAAUUCCAGACAGUUUUGUGCACAAUCAUGUGCGAGGCUGUUCUUAUUUCUUCACUUAUCAAGCGGCAUGCCAAUUCCUCGAGCGCAACAAACUUCUGUCCAUCAUUCGCGCCCAUGAGGCACAGGAUGCGGGCUACCGGAUGUACCGCAAGACGCGGACGACCGGUUUCCCGUCUGUCAUGACCCUAUUCUCUGCACCUAACUACCUUGACGUCUACAAUAACAAGGCCGCCAUCCUGAAGUAUGAAAGUAACGUGCUGAAUAUUCGGCAGUUCAACGCAACGCCUCAUCCAUACUGGUUACCUAACUUCAUGGACGCGUUCACAUGGAGUCUACCAUUCGUCGGAGAGAAGAUCACCGACAUGCUCCUCGCCAUGCUCAACUGCUGCACCAAGGAAGAGCUGGAAGAAAGUUCAGACGAAGAGACGAUCUCUCCUGCAGCACAUACCGACGAGUCGCUCGAGCGGCGCAAAGUCAUCAAAAACAAGAUCCUCGCUGUUGGUCGCAUAGCCCGCGUAUUUGCAUUGCUUCGUGAGGAGUCUGAGAGAGUAUCUGAACUCAAAAGCGUAUCAGGUUCAGCGAGAUUGCCGUACGGCACAUUGGCGUUGGGCGCGGAAGGCAUCAAGGAUGCCAUCUCUGGUUUCGAGGAUGCCCGAAAGUCCGAUAUCGAGAACGAGCGCCUUCCUCCCGAGCUAUUCGAUGCAGAUUCACAAGAAGGCAAGGCAAUAUUGUCUUCCGGACCGUCGACCCCGGCAGAGGGCGCGGAAUCUCCGCCAUCCGCCAAUGGCGUCGCGGCAGCGCUCGAGCAAGCGAUUGUCAGAGGGGCAGUCACUCCAUCCAUCAACACAGCGGCUGCAGCUUCUUCUCCCUCGUCUCCGACGUCCCCGACGUCCUCAAUACCUGUUACACCGUUCAGACGCGGCCAUGGCCGACAGGCAAGUUUGGGCACAACGAUGACCAGCCCGAGUACCCGCCGGAGAAGUUUGGAAAGCACCAUGUCUCUCAUCAAGGAGGCAGUGGAUGUCAAGUCUGUUCAGGACCAGGAGCUGGUCAAGCUAGCUGAGCAAGUCGCCGGGCCGAGCACCAGAAAUGGUAACGGUGCGACAGACUCGGGGCGGUCAAGCCCUAUGGUUCCUCCAAGUCGAGGUGUUUAG